AUGAGCGCCCCCGAGGUGGAGCCGCGCGUGUCCCGGCGGUACCAGCUGCGGGGCCGGCUGGGCAAGGGGGCUUAUGGCAUUGUCUGGAGAGCCAUCGACCGCAGGACGGGACACGUGGUGGCUGUGAAAAAGAUCUUUGAUGCCUUCAGGAACAGAACAGAUGCUCAGAGAACGUUUCGGGAGGUCGUGUUCCUGCAGGAAUUUGGAGCACAUCCAAACAUCAUCAAGCUGCUGGAUGUUAUCCCAGCUGAGAAUGACAAGGAUAUCUACCUCAUCUUUGAGUCCAUGGAGACAGAUCUCCACGCUGUGAUUCAGAAGGGGGGGUUGCUGAAGGACAUCCACAAGAGUUACAUUCUCUACCAGCUCCUGAAGGCCACCAAGUUCAUCCACUCGGGAAACGUUAUCCACAGAGACCAGAAGCCUUCCAACGUCCUGCUGGACGCCGAGUGCUCGGUGAAGCUCUGUGACUUUGGGCUGGCCCGGUCCCUGGCCCAGCUGAGGGAGGACCAGGACAACCCUGCCCUGACUGACUACGUGGCCACGCGCUGGUACCGAGCCCCCGAGAUCCUCCUGUCCUCUCCCAGGUACACCAAAGGUGUGGACAUGUGGAGCCUUGGCUGCAUCCUGGGGGAGCUGCUCCUUGGGAAGCCUCUUUUCCCAGGCACAUCCACAGUGAAUCAACUGGAGCAGAUCCUGAGGGUCAUUCCUGCCCCAUCCCCAGAAGAUCUCCAGGCUCUGCACUCGGAUUACGGGGCCUCAGUCGUUGCCCGCCUGACCUCCCGGCGGCGAGUGACGUUCGAGGAGAUUUUACCACCUUCUGCUCCACCACCUGCCCUGGAUCUGCUGAAGAAGCUUCUCGUGUUUGACCCUGGUAAACGCCUGUCAGCAGAGGAGGCUCUGCAGCAUCCCUACGUGAGGAGGUUCCACUGUCCUGCCCAGGAGCCCUCCCUGGGCCACGAUGUGGUUCUGCCCUUGGGUGAUGAUGUCCAGCUGCCCGUGGCCCAGUAUCGGAACCAGCUGUACCAGAUGAUCCUCGACAAGAAAUCCAGGGACCAUCCAAAGGAGCAAGUGCAGAGGGAGAACAUCCCACUGGGGCAGGCUGAGCCUGAGCCACCUGUUCCAGCUCCCAGUUCUCAUACUUCACCUGAUAGGAAAGGCCCAAGAGAACCAACCCCCCCUCUUCCAAAACCUUCCCACGUGCCUGCUGGGACCAGCACCAGUGUCCAGCCAGGAGCAGCCACCCAGGAUGAAGAUUUAGCAAGAACUUUCUGCCAGAAAGCAAAGAUCAACAUGGUCUACAACCCCAUCACCCACACUGCUGUUCAGAGUGAUGCCCACCCUGGUGCUGUGACCAGGACCUGCUCUGCAGCUCUUCACCAACAGGCUGGAAUCUCCAACAGCAGGAAAGUGGGGACACAGCUCCCCUGGGGAAACCCUCGGGUGCCCCCCUCGGAUGGGCAGAACCUUUGCAGUAAUCCCAGGAAUCCUCACUUUCCCAGCAAAGAUGUUCGGCCCCUCCUGAAGUCCAGCAAAAAGAUGUUCCAGAUCACAGCAAAUGUGGGAGCUGCUGGUGAUCCCAGAGCCUCCAUGGGCAGCUACUCCCAGGCCUAUGGAACCAUCUGUAAAUCUGCCCUCCAGAGCCUUCCCAUCCCCAGGUCCUCCCAGCACCAGUGACUCUGGAAGUGUCCUGGGCAGGGGAAGAGCAGCUCAUCCAUCCCAUCAUGGAGCCAGGAAGGGAGGGGAAAACCCAACAGGAAUGUGACAGUUGUCCCAGCUGAGGGAAAUGCUUUAUCCACGGCAUGGAUCCUGCUUCCCUCUGGGAUCUCAGCCCGUUGCCUUCCAGCCCUACCAGAGAAGCACAGCACAACUUGCCCCCAAUCCCUGAAAGGAAUAAAA